GGUGGGGAGGACAUAUGUGCUCCCAUCAUGAAAUGCGGAAUGUAACAGAUGGCCUCCGGGGUUGUCGGGAUUACAAGAGUGAAAACCCAGCAGGGUCAUUGGCCAUGCCCGGCACAGGGUGAUUCACUUCAAGCCUCAAGUCCGUGUCCAGCCGGCUCCACCAUGCAGCACGUGGCCCUGAGCCUGCUCCUCCUCCUCGCAGGCCUGCCUGCCCUGGACGCCAACGACCCAGAAGAUAAAAACAGUCCUUUUUACUAUGACUGGCACAGCCUCCGAGUCGGAGGGCUCAUCUGUGCAGGGGUCCUGUGCGCCAUCGGCAUCAUCGUGGUCCUGAGUAAGUGGAGGAGCUGCCCGGGGAGUGGGGCAGCAGGGUCCCCUCUCCUGACCAUUCCCCUCUCCCCAACAGGUGGGAAAUGCAAAUGCAAGUUCAGCCAGAAGCCCAGCCACCGGCCAGGGGACUCCCCACCGCUCGUCACUCCAGGCUCUGCCCAUAACUGCUGAGGAUGGAUCCACCCAAGAACACAGAGUUCCUCUCUCUGUCCCCACGUCCUGGUCUGCAUAGGAACCUAACUCCAGGAUGGAAUUCCCCUCCUGUCCUCACACUGCCUUUCCAGACCCCACCUCACUGUCACUGUAAGGUCCGUGUUCGCUAUUUGAUCUAAAGUGGUCUUGCCUCCA